AUGUCAGCAACAAUUAGACCCAAGAUCAGUGUUUAUUCUGAGGCAGGUGACAGUAGUAUUGACAACAUCACACUACCAGCAGUGUUUAAAGCACCCAUUAGACCUGAUAUUGUUAGAGUAGUUCACACCAAUAUUUCAAAAAGUAAUCGUCAACCUUAUGCCGUCUCAUCAAAGGCUGGUCAUCAAACAUCUGCUGAGUCUUGGGGUACUGGUCGUGCUGUAGCACGUAUCCCUCCGUAA